UUGUUCACACCUGAAAUGCCAGUAAACCGUGACGCCUAGAUUUCACUGAAUGAGGAUCAAAAGAUUAGAAUUACAUAAUGCUAAUCUUUUAAUUACCUUGAGUUAAACUACGCAUUCCACAUUCCUUAGGUGUCACAAAACAAUACACAUUUUAUUGUUUCCACCGUACAAGCAAGUGAAAAUGAUAGCUGGAGUGAAGCAAAAAGAACUUAGCUGGCCAAUGCACAGGUAACGAUUGUAACCUCGAUGAGGUCUGUAUGCCUAACGGGAAAAAAUACUUUUGCGCUCCAUUACCUUUGAAGCUGUUUGAAAGAAGCACACAUAUUCGUCCACGUGACUGCAGUGAUCUUCCACAAGGAAGCCAAUCAGGUGUAUAUACAAUAUGCCCAACAAAUGAGACGUUUGAUGUUUACUGUGACAUGAAUACAGUAGGAUUUGGUUGGACUGUUUUCCAGAGCAGAAUGAAUGGAACUGUCGAUUUUUUCAAAGGAUGGUGUGAAUAUGAGAUUGGUUUUGGAAAUUUGAAAUCUGAGUUUUGGUUAGGAAAUAAACUCAUUAAUCUUCUGACGUCUUCCGGAAACUACAAGCUUUACAUUCACCUUGAAGAUUUUAAUGGGAAUUCGAGAUAUGCAGAGUAUAGUGAAUUUAGUGUCGGAGAUGACACAGCAAACUACACCUUGAAAAUAAGUGGAUUUAGCGGAAAUGCAGGAGAUAGCAUGAUGUUUGGUGGUUCCUUCGACCACAACGGCAUGAUGUUUUCUACCAAAGACAGGGAUAACGACAAGUCUGCAUCAAUCGACUGUGCAACAGAUUGUAAUGGUGGAUGGUGGUACAAUAGUUGUCAUGGAGCUAAUUUAAAUGGGGCUUAUUUAGGACCCAUUUACUCUAAUCUGUGUAAUGGAGUUAUUUGGUAUGCAUGGAAAAGAGAAUAUAUUUCACUAAAGACAACGAAAAUGAUGAUUAAACGACAAUAAUAUUGAUAAGAAUCAUCUAUUGUAUA